AUGUCCGAUGAUUGCGGUGAUUGUGACUGUGGUGAUUGUGGAGAUUGUGACUGUGGUGACUGCAAUGAUUGUUGUCAAUGUUGUGACUCUUGCAAUCCUAACGAUGCUGCCAUUUGGAAUCUUUGUUUACUGGAAAGUUGCUCAGAUAACUCAAAUACGACUUCCGACGGAGAUUCCUGUUGCUGCUGCUGCACUGAAAACAAGAAGAAGAAACCUGAAAAUAAUCCAGCAGAACUUCAAGCCAUAACUGAACAACCUAAACUUUUAACCAACCAAGAGAAGGUUGCAAAAAUUUUGAAAUUUUUAUACUUUUCGUCCUUAACUUUUAUAUUUUUUAGCCACUGGACGAAAGAGUUUGAUGGCUCAGAAACAAACAAUCAAUAA